GUUAAAAUUAAAGUAUCUGUUACUUAAAUUUUAUGGAUAAUAGCUGCAGUCCCAGGAAAUAGAAUCUCAAGUAGUUGUUAAGUAUGCUACAUACAAAGUAAACAAUAUUUAAAUUAUUCAAGAAUUCAGAACUUAAGCGAUCUUUGAAGCGGACAUCAUAGAGGCAAGUCGCAUCAUUGUUCUCUUUGCUUUUUGAUAACGUUUGGCUUGAAGACAAUAAGAUACGAAGUUGUAAAGAUUAAUCUACGUCAGAAAAUAUGUUGCGUCAAUCAAUGCAUUUGAAAUUGACCAUUGCUUUGGUACUAUGCAUAGGAGUACUCUUUGAGAUUGGUGCUUAUUCAGACAUCUGCUCCAAAUGUAGGUGUAACACGGUUAAGAAAACUGCAGACUGUCAAAAAAAUCAAUUCGUUUCUCUCCCUAAAUCAACAAUUUUGAAAGUAUUUGAGCAUUUAGAUCUGGGUGAAAAUAAUAUCAAGAAUAUUGAUAUAGAAAUUAUCCAAACUUAUAGCCAUUUAAAGAAACUAAAUAUAAGUUAUAAUAAACUCCAGAAUAUUAAAAGGGGAUUCUUCCAAAGGCUGACCCUUUUAGAGGAAUUAUAUCUCGGACAUAAUAAUAUCUCUACUAUUGAAGACGGGAGUUUUGCGAAUCUUUUACAGUUAAAAAAGCUGAAUCUCCGCGGGAACGCAUUGUCGACCAUAUCUUCAAGAAUAUUUCCGCAUCUGCUAUCUUUGACUUAUCUAGAUUUGAGCGAAAGUCAAAUAAAAGAAAUUGAAGAUGGCGCUUUUUUAUUCCUCCCCAAAAUAACUGAGAUUGACCUCAGGUCAAAUAGCAAUAUGGUGUGUGGAUGUCACCUACCAGCGUUGGUAAACUAUACAAAGAAAGCAUUCGCAAGACAUCUGGUAGUUUCAGGAAUAUGUUAUGCACAAAUUGAAAUUGGUCAUCAUAGUCAAGGAGAUCCUUGGGACAUAUCACAAUAUACGUAUUGUUCACAUUACACCUUAUUUCAACCGGCUUUGAAGUGCCAAUCAUGUGAGGGGUCCAUAUGCAAUGAUUCGGCCGUGACAAGCUGUCCAGGAUAUAAGCCUAUGUGUAUGACGAAUGUGUCAAUAACUGAUGAUACGCAGAAGGUUGUGGGGUCCUGUCGUACAUACAAAGAAUGUAUCGAAACCGAGGUGAACACACGGAAAACAUGCCAAUCAUGGGCUGAUGGUACAGAUUGUGUUUCUUGUUGCUCCGGAAGUUUAUGCAACAAGCAUUACUUUGAUGGUCGGAAAUGUGUUUAUAAAACUAUUCUCUUGGAGACUGGACAAACGUUUGAAAAGAGCGGUAGCCAAUGCGAAUGCCAAGAGAACGGAAAUAUUAUCUGCUAUCCUAAGCCUUGGAACUUCGUAUUCCACUUCGUGUACAGAAGAAACUCGACUUCGAAAACCGCUUCUCAAGAAAUAGUUGAAAUUAUGGAGAAAGAGCUUUCGAAACUAUUAUGGAUAUUCAGAGUCGAAUAUUGUGGGUUACUUAAAGAUAAAGAAAUAUUUACUAUAAACUGCACCUCGUCAGAAAGCAAUGUUAAAGAUGUUUGGACGAAGAUAUGGAAAGCCUUUAAUAAUUCACAGGAAUUUCAAGACAGAGGAAUUCCGAAAAAUAGCAUGAUGUUACUUCGUGAAACAUUUUGCGAUGAAGACACAACAUCAAAUAACGGUGAAACUUACAAUUGGCCGAUAACAGCAGUAGGAACUCCUGCAACGUUGCCAUGUCGUGCGCAUAUCGCCACAAGAAUCUGUCCUGCCAGGACGACGCCACUCCUGCAAACCCCAACAAGUCAAGAUAUGCCAUCGCCAAAGUGUUCACCAUUUACAGGCGUCUGGCAAACACCAGACAUGUCUCAAUGUAACAAUACAAAGGAGAUCACUCAAAAACUGGAACACCUGAACAAUCAAGAUAUUAAUAAACGAAAUAUUCCGAAAGUUGUGAAAAGAUUUAGUAAUGUUUUGCGGAAAUCGGAGCAUUUCAAAAAAGAAGAGAUAGGCUUGAGUAUAAGCCUUCUAGAGAAACUGUUGCCAUUGGUACCAAAAGUGCCCGCUGCUACAACACUGGACAAUAUUUCUUCGUGUGUCAACGAUUUAAUGAACGCAAAAGAAGACGUUUGGGCUGACGCAGAACAAGCGAAUGGAUCUACCAGCAGAAUUUUGAAAGUUAUUGAAGCAAUCCCGGAAUUGAUUCCACUGAAAGAACAACAUGUCACAGUUUCGUAUCCCAAUUUUGGUUUUGGUGUUAUCAAAGUGGACAAGGACACUUUCAAUGGUGUUACCUCUACAAUUUUAUAUGGAAAUCAUGAAGCAAAUACUACGGUACUCAACUCCUCACACCCGGGUCAACACGAACAAGACAUCAAAAAGUUUAACUACAUUUCGUUACCAAAGAGUAUUUUAAAAAACCAACUGAGCACGAAAGAACGACUAAACGCUUCAAGGAUUGUAUUUUCUUCUAUGCGAGAUGAUAUGCUAUACAGGCUACGGAACAAAAACGCAAUAUUAAGCUCUACCAGCAAACCAAAAACGAAAAUUAACAGCCAUAUUAUUUCUGCAAGUAUUCCUAAAAUCUCAGUAACCGACCUUGAUGAACCAGUUACCAUAUCAUUCAUAUUAUUAGAUAAGAAUACCUAUAACGCACGGUGUGUUUAUUGGGAUGAAGCCCCUGGAAGGAAUCCCCAAUGGUCAACAGCAGGCUGCAAUAUAUCCUACGAUGAUCCUGGAAAGAGAGUAUUGUGUUCUUGUAACCAUCUUACAAAUUUUGCUUUACUAAUGAAUGUCUACCAGAAGGAAGUCAAUAUAAAGAAUACCGAAGUCUUAUCUGCAAUAUCUAACGCUGGAUGUGGAAUAUCGUUAGCUUGUCUCGUUCUUACAAUAAUACUUUAUGUUUCUUUAAAAAAUCUGUGGAAAAUGUUGUUUUCAAAGAUUUUAGUCAGCUUGUGCGUUUCUUUGGCAAUCACAAACCUUAUCUUUAUUGCUGGGAUGCAGGCGCAUGCUGUAAAAUCAAUAGUUAUCUGUAAGUUGGUGGCUGCUCUGUUACACUACUUCCUUCUGGUGUCUUUCAUGUGGAUGGCUAUAGAAGCAGUACAUCUUCUCUUAAAUAUCGUUGUUUGCUUCAAAACGUUUGAGGCAUCUUUCAUAAUGAGAGCUUCAAUUUUAGCAUGGGGUCUUCCAGCUUUCAUUGUUAUACUUACUUUGUCAAUCAAUUACACAAACAAUUAUACGAGGGUUGCUGAAGUCUGUUGGUUGUCCAAGACACCUUUCUAUGCUGCUCUACUCACUCCCGUGGGUGCCAUUCUUGCCUUUAACAUUAUCACAUUCGUUUACGCUUUCGUGCGAAUUGCUAUGAUGCAGAAUUUCAACCACGCUUUGAAGAAAGCAAGAAAGGUACGCGUUUUGGGCGUCGUCGGUCUUUCCCUCCUUCUGGGUUUCACCUGGGUCAUAGCAUUCUUUUCUAUUGAUAAAGCGGCGGAAGUAUUUCAAUAUCUCUUUGCUAUCUUCAAUACUCUUCAAGGAACGUUUAUCUUUAUAAUCUACUGUAUAUACAAGAAAGAUACCAGAGAUAUCGUGAGCCAGUUUAUACGUAAUCAAAGGAAAAAUUUGGCCAAGAAGAGAGAGGAUACAUAUGAUAACACGAGGACAGAAGGUGGAACAGCAGAAACGGUGUUGCAGAAUUAAAAUCAAGGAAUUGUCUGGAAAUCGUCCUUGAUCAUAUUUUUCGUUAUAAAUUUUAGUCAACUACUUUUUCACCGAAAUUUUAGUCAACUACUUUUUCACCGAAAUUUUAAUCAAGUACUUUUUCAUAUAAGGAAACUUUAUUUUUACUUAUCAACACAACACUAUAUAAGCGUGAAACCAUAUAAUCCGCAAUGUAAUUAAAACGAAAUGCUGUGCCUUAUAAGUUUACUGGAAAACAGAAAACCUGAAAAACUUUUUUAUAAUAUAUACUAGCAGUAUCGCCCGGCGUUGCUCGGGUUUGUAAGGGAAAUAACUAUAUAAGCAUUUUUAGAGAGUUACUUCCCUUAUAGAUGCCAAUUCGGGCU